AACUGUAAAGCGCCAUUUUGUUUUUAGUUGAAACAAUGAGUGGAAUGGAAUGAAGAAUUUAGUCUAAGGAAGCUGAGAAAACGUGAUAUAUAUAUUAUUUAAGUUUUAAUAUAUAUCUUGAAUCCUUCAAUUCAUAAGUUCUAACUAUGGACGGGCCUAACCGUGGUGGAUUUCGAGGUGGUGGCCGUGGUGGCCCUCCAGGUCUCAGAGGAAGAGGAGGGUUCGAUAUGCGUGGGCGUGGCGGGCCUGGAAUGAGAGGCCGCGGUGGCCCGCCGCGUGGAGGUCCUGGUCCACGUGGAGGUCCUCGAGGCUUCAGAGGUGGUCCGAUGCGUGGAGGUGCAGGAGAAAGAGGUGGCCGCUUCCCACCCGGACCACAAGGCCCUGGACCACAUCCAGUACCGACCAUUGAAACACGUGGUGGUCCUCCACAAAGAGGAGCUUUUAACAAUCGAGGAGGGCCUGGUGGAGGUAUGAGAGGAAGAGGUGGCAGAGGUCGGGGUGAUUUUGGACCAAGAAAUGACAGAGGGGGUGGUAGGGGUGGCAUGCCUAUGAGAGGUCGUGGUGGUAGAGGAGGUCCAGGAGCACCCAUGAGUGGACCCCCAGGUGGUCCUCCUCCACAUCCGGGUCCUCAUGGCCCCCCUGCACCCAUUCCAAGUGGUCCUCCAAAUUUGCCACCUAGAGGAGCACCUGCACCACAUCAGCCGGCUGGAGCUCCACCUAGUCAACCACAAGGCCCUCCAUAUAAACGAGGUGGAGGCCCACCACAUGGAGGAGGUGGCCCACCAAAGCGUGGAAGAUUUGAUGGGCCACGAGGAGGGGGCAGCGCUAGACCUCUGCCACCGGGAGGAUAUCAAGCUGCCCCUGCACAUAAUCCCCCACAACCUAAUGGUUAUGGCCCGCCUGCGCAUACUGGUUACCAGCCGUAUGAGCAACCUUCAGCGGAGCCUUUUGCACCACCAUCAUAUAAUACACCUAGUUCAUAUCAAAGUGGAAGCUAUUCUGCUCCAGCUCCAGCGCAAGCAAGUCCUUAUUCUGGUGGUUAUGGAUCAAAUUAUGGCUAUUCUACAGGUGGCCAAGGUGGUUAUGAAAAUAAUGGAUAUAGUGGCGGUGCGGGAGCGGGCGUGGGCGGCGCGGGCGACGCGGGCUACGGCGCCGCGGAGGCCGCGUACGCCGGGCCCGCGCCCGCCUACGACGCCUACGCGCAGCCCGCCUACACCUCCUACCAGCAGCCGCAGCCGCAGUACACCAAUAACUAUGGCAGUUGGUGAUCUGAUUGACUAUAACAGAAAGUAUUUGCGUCUAUAUGCCACACACGAAAUAAAUGUAGCUGGAUCAAAUUAAUGAAGCUUAAUGGAUUCACUUGUGUAGUUUUUGCAUAAUUGCAUUUUUAAGUGUUAGGUAAGGUAAAAAUAAUAGAAAUUAAUCUUCUCACGAGUCUGACAAGAAUGUUCAUUUUAAAUUUAUCAUGAUUUUUCAGUUUAAUGAAUUAUUUGAAAGCAAAAUUUUGUCACAUGUUAAACUAUUUUUAUAUAGCUUAUGUCAAUCUCAAUAUGUUAUAAUUUUUUAGGUUUAAAUUAAUUUAAUGACCCACAAUGAUAGAAAGAUAUAAGUACCAUGAUGUAUUUUACGACUUUACUGUAACUGUGGUAUAUAGGUACCUACCAUUCAUGUUUUAGAUAAUAAGGACGCAAUUCGUAAUAAAAUUAUG